AUGGAAGAGAUGAGUGAAGCCUUGAAAGGAGUUGAUGCUAGUGAACUCUCUCAAGGGGUGCUCGACCUUGGCUAUGGAGGAGGAGAGCUUGAUGGUGCUCCUUCUGAUCUUUGGGGUGAAGUGGUUUUAACUGCUUGUUUUGUGUUGAACAUGGUGCCACAUAAGAAACCCAAAAUUACACCUGUUGAGGUGUGGAAGGGCUAUAAGCCGAACUUGGGAUAUUUUAAAGUAUGGGGUUGUUUUGCCUUUGUAAGUCAUACCAGAGUUUUUCCUGACGCUGGUGACGAUGUUGUCUAUUAUAGAGAAUAUGGGAAGCAAUUAGGGAUUCCCGUGAGGAAGAGAACAUCACAAAAGGGAGAUGAGGGAGAAUUGAAAUAUGUGACUAUUUCAUGUGGUCAAGAAGGAAAAUAUAAAAGUAAAUCAGGUAAUGUCCUAAAGCCACAUCCAAGUAUAAAAACUGGUUGCAAAGCUAGAGUAAGAGCAGGUAUACUUUUAGAUGGAAGGUGGCAGAUCAACUCUAUCAAGCUUGAUCAUAACCAUGAUAUGAGUCCAACCAAGGCUCGUUAUUUUCAAUGUCAUCGGACAAUAAGUUCAUAUGUGAAAAGGAGGAUUGAGUUAAAUGAUAAAGCUGGAGUAAGGUUAAACAAGAGCUAUAAUCCAUUAGUGGUUGAAGCUGGGGGCCAUGAGAAUAUCUCCUUUUUGGAAAAGGAUUGCAGAAAUUAUAUUGAAAAUUUGAGACGAUUACGGCUUGGGGAAGGCGAUGCUACUGCGAUCCAAACUUAUUUUUUGAAUAUGCAAGCUCGAAAUUCAAAUUUCUUCUAUGCAAUUGAUUUAGAUCAAGAUGGUCGGUUAAGAAAUGUAUUUUGGGUAGAUGCAAGAAGUAGGGCGGUAUAUGAGGAAUUUGGAGAUGUUGUUACAUUUGAUACAACCUACUUGACGAAUAAGUAUGACAUGCCAUUUGCUCCAUUUGUGGGGGUAAAUCAUCAUAGACAAUCAAUUUUACUUGGAUGUGGGCCGAUUUCAAGUGAAGAUACUGAUGCUUUUAUAUGGUUGUUUAAGUCUGGGCUUGCAUGUAUGCAUGAGCACGCUCCUAGGGGAAUAAUUACUGAUCAAGAUAAAGCCAUGAAAAAUGCCAUUGAGAUUAUUUUUCCUAAUACUAGACAUUGUUGGUGCUUGUGGCACAUAAUGAACAAGUUUCCUAGUAAGUUGAACCAUUACAAGCAAUAUGAAGCUAUUAUGUAUGCCUUGCAAAGUAUUGUGUAUGGCUCAUUGGAGAAGGUUGAGUUUGAAGAAGGUUGGGAUGAAAUAAUUGAGAAAUAUGAUUUACAAGACAAUGAAUGGUUGGUUGGACUAUAUAAUGAGAGACAACAUUGGGUACCAUGUUUUGUGAAAGAUAGUUUUUGGGCAAGAAUGUCUACCACACAACGAAAUGAAAGUGUGAAUGCAUUUUUUGAUGACCAUGUAAAUUCUAAGACUACUUUAAAGCAGUUUGUGGAGCAAUAUGAAAAUGCAUUGAAAGUUAAGGUGCAAAUGGAGAAGCAAGAAGAUUUUAAGUCUUCAUCCAUUGGUUUUGAUUGUGGAACUCAUUAUAACAUGGAGAAACAAGCUCAAGAGGUUUACACUAUUUCCAAAUAUAAAGAAUUCCAUGAUGAAUUAAUAGGAAAAAUGUAUUGCGACUAUCUUUCACAUAAAGUGAAUGGUGCAAAUUUUGAGUACCAAAUAUCUGAGGAUUUCAUGAUGGAAGGGAAAAAGGAGAGGCUUUAUUUCAAGGUUUGGCUUAAUGAAGAUGACAAUGAAGUCCGGUGCAAUUGUCGCAUGUUUGAGUUUAGAGGCAUAUUAUGCCGUCAUACAAUAUAUGUUUUUAUUCGCCAUAACAUUGACUUGAUUCUAGAAAAAUAUAUAAUGCGAAGAUGGAGGAAGGAUGUGAAAAGAUGUCAUACAAGGAUUGAAAUCAAUUCUGAAAGCUGUAGUCUCACACCUGAAGCACAAGGAUGUCAUAAGAUGCAAAAGGCUUUUGAUGAGAUUAAGGAAUUGGCAAAUGAUUAUGACAAUAAGUGCAUGAUUGUGAUGACUUGGAUGGAUAAUGUAAAGGAGGAACUCUCCAAACAUAAUGUUUUUUAUGGUAGUGAUCAACCAAAUCCUCAGUCACCUAUUGGUAGGAACAUUGAGAAUGAUGUUAGUUCAAUUCCGAAUCCAAGUCAAUGUAUUCUUACUCCCUUAGCAGCUAGAAAGAAAGGCCGUCCACCAUUUAAAAGGAGGAAAUCUCAGUCGGAGCAAGCAGAUUUGCAGCUAACAGAAUUUGAUGAUACUGGCCAUAUUGUUGGUUCAUCUACUUCUAAAGGUGAUGGUGUAGUUGGAACACAAGAGAGCAUUACUAUGCAGGUAUGA